AUGUACUCAUCUUCCAAUCAACGCAUGCUCCAGACAGGCUCCAAAAGCAUCAUCACUUGGUUGAUCUUAAUCACCAUUGUUCUCUACACCCUUUAUUCUUCCAACAUUAUUCUUUUCAACAAUGAUGAUCAAGAAGAUUGCAUCACUUCCACCACCAAUUUAAAGGAAGCCACCCGAGAAGGGCUUCAGAUAAGUACUCACAACAAUACUUCCUUAGAAACUGUAGAUACCGAUGAAGGCUUUGAAAAGAAAAAACCAUUAGUAGAGAAACGACCAAGACCAAGAAAGGUGGUUGUUGAUGAUGACGAUGAUGGUGACGAUGAUGAUUAUGAUGAGGAUGAAGCUCAUGCAGAAGAAACAAAGGAAGAAGAAGAAGAAGAAAAUAAUAAUUCCCCUGUGGUAGUUAGAUUAACUCCCAAGCAAAUGUCAGGGAGACAAAAAACUGAUAUUAAACACAUCGUUUUCGGGAUUGCUGGUUCAUCAAACUUAUGGCACAUUAGAAAAGAGUACAUAAAGAUAUGGUGGAGGCCUAACCAAACUAGAGGGGUAGUGUGGUUGGAUCAGAAAGUGGGGACUCAUAAAGAAGAGGGGUUACCUGAUAUUCAUAUCUCUGGGGACACUUCAAAAUUUCGCUAUACAAAUCCUCAAGGACAAAGAUCAGCGUUAAGGAUAUCAAGGGUGGUAACAGAGACAUUGAAGCUUGGGAUGAAGGAUGUGAGAUGGUUCGUGAUGGGGGAUGAUGACACCGUGUUUAUGGUGGAUAAUGUGGUUAGAAUUCUUUCCAAAUACAACCAUAGGCAUUUUUUUUACAUUGGAAGCUCAUCUGAAAGCCAUGUUCAGAACAUGCAUUUCUCAUAUGCCAUGGCAUAUGGUGGGGGAGGAUUUGCCAUAAGCUACCCAUUGGCCCUGGAACUAGCAAAGAUGCAAGAUCGUUGCAUUCACCGAUACCCAGCUUUGUAUGGUAGUGAUGAUAGAAUUCAAGCUUGCAUGGCAGAGCUUGGUGUGCCACUCACAAAGGAAGCUGGCUUUCACCAGUAUGAUGUGUAUGGAGACCUGUUAGGCCUUUUAGGGGCACAUCCAGUGGCUCCACUUGUAUCACUACACCACCUUGAUGUAGUGCAACCAAUCUUCCCAGGGAUGACAAGGGUAGGUGCCCUACGACACCUAAUGAAAUCAGUGAGGCUGGACUCGGGCAGCAUAAUGCAACAAUCAAUAUGUUAUGACAGAAACAAUUACUGGUCAAUAUCUGUUUCAUGGGGCUAUGUGGUUCAAAUCUUAAGGGGAGUAUUGUCCCCUAGAGAGUUGGAAAUGCCAUCCCGAACCUUUCUCAAUUGGUAUAGAAGAGCUGAUUACACUGCAUAUGCUUUCAACACAAGGCCUGUUGCUAAACACCCUUGUCAGAAGCCCUUUCUUUACUAUAUGUCCAGAAGUCACUAUGACUCCACAACAAAACAAAUUAUUGGUAUUUAUAACCAUGAUAAAUCCAAACCCCCUUUUUGUCGAUGGAGGAUGAAUUCACCAGAGAGAAUAACCACUGUUGUAGUUACAAAAAAACCAGAUCCAUUGCGCUGGCAAAAGUCACCAAGGAGAGAUUGUUGUAGAAUAUUAUCGUCACACCAGAGCGCAACAACUCUAUACUUGUGGGUGGGCAAUUGUCAAGAGGGUGAAGUUACUGAAUUGUAG